GAUGGAUGAAGGUUAUUUAGCUGUUAGAACUCCGUCUUGUUCAUUUACAAGCUAGCAUUUACGAUGUAAUAUAGCUAAUGCUUUUGAAAAAUGUUCGCUCAGCCUUCGCUUUGUUGGAAUUUAAUAGUUGCGGUUGAGCCUGAGACAAGCUAGGGAAUGUUGAUAGUUGCUACACAAAGCAGGUGUCUGAUUUGGAUUUUUCCCUUCGAAAUUCGGAGAAUCAUUACAAAUGCAAAUACUAUAUUUAGUUGCAAACGUUAAUGGAUCAAGGAAAAAGAGGACAUCAACGGAAAAAAUUUACCAAAAUUUCAUUUUGUUUAAGUUACAAGAAAAGAAUUCAACACAUGGAAUGGGGACAGCAGAAAAUUUUGCAAAAACAUCGGGUCGGUGAUAGGCAGAUAGAUUCACAUUCAGGCUUACUGCUUGUAUCAAACUCUUUGUACUCUUCGACUUUCUUGCGAGCUUUAACUCUCAACAGAGACAUGGCCAGUUUAACCAUUGAUUUAGCAACCAGGUUAUCGAAGAGAGAGCACAAUCCGGGGUGGUCUGACAGCAUGUUUAAGCAGAUGAGAGAAUCUGAAAUUGUGGACUUGGGUCGAGUUUUCAAGAAAAGGGUUUUUGCUUAUUUGGGAAAUAACGUACACUAGGGCACUAGCACAUGGCAAAAGAAUGAUCUGUAAAUUUUGUUCAUAUAGCUCCCGUCUGUACUCUGGCAAUGGUAAGUGUACAAGAUAAGGAGAUGUUUCAUAGUAAAUGAGUUGUAACCUUGUUGGGGUUAGGCCUUAUUUUGUUCGAAUUUUUCCAAGGCACCGUGCCCCUUAGCCAGAAAUUUUUGGUAACUCACAACUUCGUUUCAACACGAGCGACUUUAUAACCCAGAUGCCUUAUUCUCAAGUAAUGCAGAAACCUUUUCUUUGUCAUAGCAUAAUUUCUCCUACAAUCUUGCAUGUUCCUUGUAUGAAUUUUUCUUUUCAUCGUAAUAAUGGAAACUGCUGCUU